AUGUCUGUAUUUUUGAGUUUAAUUUUAACAACGAUAUUUGGUAAAAUAUUAUUGCCACAUCGUGUGGAGCUCAUGAAUUUUGGAGCAGAAGCAAGCGAAUCACCGGAAAGAGAAUGUUGCGAUCCAAUUUAUCCACUUUUAACACCAACGGCUACGACAAUAUUAAAUCCAACAUCUUUAGCAACAACAUCCCCUGGAUUUCCCGACAAAAUUAAACUUAAAAAUCAAAACGUGGAACGAGAAAAACGAACGAGAGAAAGAAAAAAAAUUUAA